CGGUGAGUUGACGACGAUCUAGCACGUGCAGUGUACACGCGACCGCGUGAGCGUGACCUACUAUUGGCGCUUUGGAUAAACGUUGUUUUGCUCACGUGGGAGUACCUUGUCAGAUUGUUUCCUGAACUAAGGCGUAAUUUCCCAGUUAUAGAAUAAAAUAUUGAUCAAGAAGUUCUUACGUGAUUAUCAACCAUAUUAUAGUGGCAAAUAAUCAUUAGUUAAUUGAUUAGUUUGAAAACAAUCUUUCGUGUAUUUAUUAUUGUGUUUAAAAAAAGUUGUUGUUGGUUAUAUGUGCAUAAAAUCGUUUAUGGGAAUUUAUAACUACAAUUAAUUAUUCUCACCCAUGUGGAAUACAAAAUGGAAUGGGUCCUUCGAAGUCCACAAAUUCACAGUACAUUCAGCAACCUCGGAUUUUUACAUGCAGAUGGAUAUCACGUGAACGAAAAUUGCAAUGCUGCGCUGGAGACAAUUCUUCACAAUAUCCUGACAGAGGACAAAUAUCUACGUACAUAUCGUAGAAGUAUAAGCUUUGGACAAAACAUCAAGAAAGACUUAAUACCUCUUUUAAUUCAUGCCAAAGAAGAUGCAACUAUAGAACUACUAAUUAGAAUACUAGUAAAUCUAACAAUUCCUAUAGAGUGUUUACUAUCUGUUGACGUCAUAUCUAGAAAUGAUUUCGGAAGGCAUACUAUUUUCGAAAUUAAUAACUUGCUUGCUUCCACAAAGGUGGCUUUCACGGAUCACCGUGCGACUAAAGUGGUUAUAGACUUCUUAAAGAAAAAUGUUGAUUGCGAACAAAAAUCUAAGUUAACGUCAGAGCAAUGCACAAACAUAAGUAACAGUCUCUUGUUACUUCGGAACAUUUUACACAUACCAGAGGAACCCAGUGGCCAAAGCCCUAGUUAUAAUGGGCCUCACGCUGUGCAGAAUCAAAUUUUAUGGAAUAUAUUUAGCCAAAGUAUCGAUAAAAUUCUCAUUAAGUUAAUGAUUAUUCCUGAUGCGAAUAAAUGGGCAGUAACAAUGGUUCAAUUAAUAGCAUUGCUGUAUAAAGAUCAACAUGUCGUGACCUUACAUAAACUGCUCAAUUUAUGGAUAGAAGCUUCAUUAUCUGAGAGUUCAGAAGAUAAUGAGAGCAAUACAUCUCCACCAGAUCGAGGUAGCGACUCGUCACCGAUGUGCACGUCUGAGCCGACAUCGGAUUCAUCAGACACGGGUGGCAGCGGCAAGAGUAAUGAUGAUCCUAAUUCUGUUAAUAAGGAUUGGGAUGCGUCUUCUCAAAUGAACAACACAAGUGAGAAUGGUAAUCCACCGUUUCAGACAACCGAAGAAAAAGAAUCGGAUAACGAAGAUAAAAAUAAUUCAAUAGAAAGUAACAACGAUGAGAUUGUGCAGUCCGAUAACGGACAGUCGUCGUCUUGUAGUGGAGGCGCCCAGUCCAGCAGAAACGGCCAGGGGCAACAGCCAGGAAACACUGAAAAGAAAACUGUGAUAUCAGAAAAUUCUGAUUGCGGUUACGGCACACAAAUUGAAAAUCAAGAGUCAAUAUCGACAUCAAGCAAUGAAGACGAGUUGCCAUCAAAGAAACCUGUUCAUCAAAAGCCUCAUAACCCUAAGCAAAGGGUAAACAACAAGGCUCGCUCCGGCGUUACCAUGCAAGACAGGAAGAGGAAGAAAAUAGUCAAGAGAGGCAAAUCUAAUAUAAUCAACGUCCAAGGAUUAUCCCAUAAGACGCCGACGGAUGAUGAUAUAUCCAAUGUUUUAAAAGAGUUUACCGUUGAUUUCCUUUUGAAGGGUUAUAACUCGUUAGUACAGACACUUCACAACCAAAUUUUGUCCAAUCUCCAACUAGAAAUAGACACAUCACAUUUCUUUUGGUUGGUCACUUACUUUCUGAAGUUCGCCACGCAAAUUGAAUUGGAUUUGGAAAAUGUCAGCUCGGUGUUGUCUAUUGAUAUAGUGUCUUACCUGACCGCUGAAGGGGUCAAUCUAUGUGAACAAUUUGAGUUGGCUAUAAAAUUAGAUGGCAACGACUUAAAACCCAAUAUCAGACGCCUCCAUUUAGUCGUUACGGCUAUAAGGGAAAUAAUACAGGCUAUAGAUGUGUAUAAAAAGUUUUCUCACAUCUGCAAGGAGGAUCAGGAGGCGCUUCUCAAAUUACAACUUAAAAUGUGCGAGACUGAAGAGCUCAGAUCGCUUCUUGUUUUGCUAUUACGUCACUACAAUCCAAAAUAUCACUCAAAGCAAUAUCUCCAGGAUGUGAUAGUGACAAACCACAUCUUACUCAUGUUUCUCGACAAUGCAAUGAAAUUGCCGGAAUACAAUGGCUCCACGAACAUGCUUGACCAUAUCAGACAGUUUGCCUCAUCUGAAAUAAUGUAUCAGUAUGGAUUGCUAUUGGAGGACUACGCCGGUAACGGAGAGUUCGUCAACGACUGCAUAUUCACGCUUAUGCACCACGUCGGAGGAGAGCUUGAAAGUUUGAUAACUUUAUUCCAACCCAAGAUCUUGAAGACUUUUACUUCUAUAUGGAAGUCUGAAUUCGAAAUUUGUGAUGAUUGGUCGGAUCUAAUCGAGUAUGUAAUAAAUACUUUCAUCAAAAAACCUCAUUCUCUGCAAAGUUCGGCUAACUUUAGACUUGACAUUGAAAAUUUCGAUGAUGUCAAAAUUAUACCAAAGCCAACGGUUGCUCCUCCAGCGCAGAGCAAGUCGGAAACUGUUGAGGCUGAAGAGAAGAAGCCCACCACUAAAAGUAACACAAGCUGCAUCUCAAAUGGAAAAGGAGAGUCCAGGUGGACAGAAGACGAAUUAUCAUCCUUAAGUUGGAAUUAUAUGCAAUGCAGUGCUUUACCUGAUGUAGUUGGCGAGAUCAUCACGCUGUAUAAAGAAGAUGGAAUCAUUAAAUCGCGAGAUUCAGUCAUCAAAGAGCUUUACACUCAAAAUCUUAUAAACAAAGAAGAUUAUGAUAAGUUUGUGAAAGGUGAAAACGACAGGAAUAUAAAAACUGUACAAGUUAUGAAAGAGAUGAGAGACGACGAAAUAAACAAGCUUUGUGAACAGCUUACGCAAGAUGGAAAGUCUAAGUUCCUUGAUUGGGUUCAAAAAGUAUUGUUGGAGACCUGCUUUGCUAAGAUAUAUUUAGAUAAACUGGCAAGAAAAAGUGAAGGCGACAAUACUAUAGAAGAAAAUGAAACUAAAUUAAGCAAGUUGAAGAAAUCAAAUGAUUUGCAUAUACUGUCUCCAGUAUCGUAUCACUCUCUGCUUAUGAACCAAUCUAUCCCACUGGUGCCUUGGAACUGCAAGCAGGCAUCUAUUUGUAAAGAUCUGAAGUUUUUGCAGCUGCUGCAUAAGUUAGGGUUCCACAUGCCUGUAGAUUCCGGCAAAGUUUUUAUCCGAAUACCUCAUUUCUGGACCGCAGAUUUCUUAUAUGACGUAGCCGGAAAGAUCUCGCCUAUAGAUAAAUCUAAACUCAAGUUCUCUAUAAAUGAUAUAUCAGACAGCAGUAUUUCAAACUCGAUGCAACAAGAAAACCUGUUGUUAUUGCCUGAUCUUACAAAAGAUAUCAGUAUGAUUGAAAAUUCUGACAACUUUUAUCAGAUCCACAAACAAAAGCACCUAGCCACCAUGGUUAAUUUUACGCCAAUGCCUAGCUCUUCGUUUAAUUCGGAAGGUGGUGAUGUUGAUAAACACAACUGGUUGGAAGUGGUGCAAAAAUCACAAGAGUACAAAAUAGCCUUAAACUUGGGAAGUAGUAUCAUUAAAAGUGACGAGGAAGCGCAAUCGGACAUCGUUAACCUGCAGCAGCUGCCUGUAAAGGACAUGGAAGUGUCAGUACCCCCGCUCCUGCUGGCCACGGGGCCUGUGGCCAUCGGUUCUACCGCGACUGUGACGGGCGCUUCCUUCCCGGCCUCCGGGCUCAUGAUGCCAACCAUCAUGAGCAUCAAACAAGAAACCACACACUUCAAUCUGCCCGUCCCGGACUCGGAACAUUACAGUGUUUGCGAGACGGCGUCGGUUGCUUCGGAUCUCACGCGGAUGUACGUGUCAGAUGAGGAUGAAAAACCAGAAGUAGUGCGGCCCAUUAUUGCAGUCAACCCUAUCCACGAUGAAAGUGAUGAAUUGUGCGGUGAUUUAGACGACGAUAAUUCGGGGAAGCGGCCAAGAGUGAAUUAUUUUUCUUCGUUUUAAAGAAAUGUAUACCCACCGUUUUAUUAAUAACUAAAAUAAAAUUGUAGGCAGUACGCUGAAGUAAUUAAUCAAAAGAGGAAUCGAAUUUACUUUAUUCUUUUUUUUAUAAUUCUGGUUACUUGUUGUUACCAUUAUGUAUUUGCGUACAGAUAAAUAUAUACGAUAUAUACAUAUAUUGCGUACUAAAUAUAAGAUUAAAUCUAUCGUUUGUUUUUUUUACAAGAGAAUGGGAUGUCUUACUUUGGCGGUGUAACGAUUUAUGUAAUAAGCAUAUUGUAUUAAAUAUUUCACAACUUAAUCAUUGUGUAAUGCUACGGUAAAAGGUAAAAGGGUUACACCUCCCCGUCACGCGUUUAUUACUUUGUGCAUUCCUAAAUUUUAAGAUAAUUUAAAUUUGUAAGAAUAUAUUAACUAAAAUUAUGUUGCUCUUAUUUACCAAUUCCUCAUACUUCAAAUGGUAUACAUACUAUAGGUAUGUCGAUUGCAUAGUGAAUGAAUUCGUUUGCUUUUACAUUUUCAACUCAAUGUGAUAAUGAUAUUGACAGUGGAAAUAAAUAAAAAUAUUAUAGAUUACA